AUGGCGCGAAUAAACGAAGUCGAGCCUGCGCCGUUCUCCGGUGUUGAGCGAGGGCCGCAAGAGAAGAAGCAAACACUUGCAUUUCCAGAGGAGACACACGACAGCGAGAGACCAGGAGUUCAAGGUAGCAGUGGAAGAACGGAAAAUGGUGCAGAGACGCGAAGCACAAACAAGGCAACUCCCGCCAAUGGCCUUCCGUUGACGGACCAGCCCCACGCGGCCAAUCCCCUUGCCUACGUUCUCGAGAGACGCAAACAUUGCUCUCUUCAGGCGCUGCAUUCCUCGCUGGCAUCCUCGUGUUCGUCGCUGCAAGAGCAGCUUCUGACGUACCUUCAGACGAACUACGCGGAGAUAUCCUCGAUUGCCUCUGAGUUGGAAGACGCCGACGGCGAGCUCCGCCCGCUACUGACCCCCCUCUCCGAGUACAAGCUUCGCGCCCAGACGCUUUUCGCCCAACUCAACGCCCAGCGGGCCUCGCUCCAGUUUCUUCUCCAGCAGAAGCAGCGGGCGCUCAGCAGAAGAAGACAUCUGCGACUCGUUAGUCAGGCGUACCGCAGUUUCCGUGUCACCGCAGCGGACUUGCGUUCGCUUCUCGGUUCCUCUAGCUGCCCAAAUGGUGGUUUUUCGAAGGCGCUCCACAGUGGAGGGACCGCGGAGUCGCCCUCGGCGUCCGACGCGCUCCCGGCCUUGGCUGCCUCGGAGACAAGGGCGCGUGCCGCGUCGCGAGACGCCGGCAAAGAGGAGACAGCAGAGGCGGGCAAGCGACGGGAGAUCGCGGCAGCUCGAGGCCGUUUCUUCGAUUCGGUCGAACGCCUGAGGCAGACUCUGGAGGAGGCGCCGAGCCUCAGUUCCGGAGACACCCACGGGGAAGGCGAGGCUGCCGCAGGAGACCUUGCUCUCGCGGCGUCCGAGCGGGCGCGCGUGGCGACGCAGGCGGCACAGGCGGCGCAGGCGUCGGGCGAAGAAGGCGCGAACUCUUUCUUUGACGGCGACGCGUGUCUGAGCGCGUGGCGGCGGGAACAGCCGCUGCCGCUUCUCCCUAUGCGCGACGGCCUGCUGAGGCGUUUCGUAGGUCUCGAAACGGCCGCUCGAGAACUGAAAAGACUCGAGGAGUGCCUUCUCGGCGCUUUGCCCUUCUUCAACGAGACGCGCAAGGAUUCACCGUCGCAGGAUUCGGCAGCCUCGCCUGAAGGUUUGAGCUGCCCCGGAGAAGGCGAAACGUGGAUCUGCCUGGAGGCGGUCGAAUCGCGCAUGCGCCAUCUGCUGCGGUCCGCCGAGUCCCCAGCACCGAGUUCGUCGGCUGACGCGCCGCUGGCCUCGUUGCCUUCUGGAGGGCGCGGGCCGUCUGAGGCUCUCGAGCCCGCAGCCCUGGGCAGCGAAGACUUUUGCGAUCCGCCCGAGGCGCCAGGCGAGAGAAGCGACUCCGCGGAAGGCGAUGCAGGUCCGUCCUUUGCGCUGCCUGUCGGCCUCGCCGACCUCGCGAGGGCCGUGCAGCGGCUGCGGACUGCCAUGCAUGCGCGCCUUCUGCGGGAACUCCGCGAUUUGCUCCGGUCGCUUUGCCUGUCGGCGAUUGAGGCGCGAAAGCUUCUCAGCAAGUCGGAAGAGGCCUGUGGAAGCCCUCGCGGUGUUUCGUUUCCCCCAGGCGGAUCCGGAAACGCGACGGGGAGCGGUGCGCAGGCGGAAGACGCACGGUCGGCAAGGGUCGCCGCUCUGUUGCACGGUCAAUCCCACAUUGAAGAAGAAUGGUGCCUCGCUCUCGAGCACCUCGUCAGACCUCUCCUGGAGGGGACAGGAGUCGAUUCGACAACGGCAGCGAGGGAACAAGUUGAAGAUCUGUUUCGCCAGUUCUUCGUCGACGCCUUGGUCGCCGACGCUCUCGCGGCGUCGCAGCAGCUCCGCGGCCCUUCUGGCGACCGCCGCCCAGUUGCCGACGCAGCCCCAGGCAGGCGGGAAGCGCAAGCGUAUCGAGCGUUCCUCCGGGCGCUCGCCGCGACCCUCGUGGCGCCGCCCGAUGUCUUUCUCUGGCUGGCCGGGAGGCUCACGCAUCGCAGGCACGCGCAGCGGCCUUGCGCGGCGCUCGUCGACUCGGCGUUUCCUCCGCGAGUCCGAUCUGGCCCGCCUGCGACGAAAGCCCCCAAGGCCCAGCUGGAAGCUCGCCGCAAAGGAGACGACCUCGCUCCAUACUGCGGAGAGAACGCCAGGGAGACAGCCUGCUGCUGUUGCUGCGAGACGCGGGAGCCUGAAGAAGCCGGGGAAGCAUCCGAGAGCGAGGAAACAAACGGAGACAGAGCGAAGGACCAAGAGGCCGACGCGACACGGACAAAGCCGGACAAGCUGUGGCUGCUUUCCGAUGUCCUCGCAGUCCACGUUCUCCAGGCCAUUGAGACAACUUUCAGCCGCCUCUUCAAACCCGCGUUCAAGGACGUGUGCCUCUCAGUCUACGUCGAUACGCUCGAUUUCUUCUCGUCUCUGGAGGCACUGAUGGCCCCUUGCGAGCGCGCGAGGUUCCAGCGGUUGCCCGCUGUCAAGGCCUUUUCAGCCAGGCGGUCGUCUCUCCUUCUCUGGGCGACAAUCUUCGAAGGCCAGCACCUCGAACUCCUCCAGAGCCAGCUUCGCGAAGAUCAACGAGCCGACGAGAAGCGCAAAGCAGGCGACGCCGACCCGCGAGGCGGCCUCGCCGGCUACAAAAAGAUUCCCUACCGAGACCAGGUUUUCUGGUUUCCCUCCACCGUGCUGCUCCUGCGUCUCCUCCGUUGCCGAUUCAACGUGGAUCGUCCCCCUGCCUGCCAGUCUCCGCCCGCUCUCGCCGACGACGGUUCGCGGCUGUCCUCGGGUCCAUCGGCGCUGCCGUCGGGAGCCUGUGCGGGGUCUCCUGCCUCGCCUGAGGAUGCGUCGGCGCUUCAGUUUGCGUCUCUCGUGGACAUGCAGCGCGCAUCGCGUCUCUUUGCUUCGCAGUUUUUGCCGCAGUCGCUCGCCUUCUUCGUGGCUUCGCUUUCGGCGUUUGCGCGCGGACUGCCUUCCAUCGCACGAGGCGACGGCAGCGCCACGCCAGGCCAGCAAACCACCCAUUCCGGCCUCUCAGCAGGAUCGGCAACGCCUGAGGGUUUGGAAGUCUCCCGCGGAGGUUCUGCGCCCUCGUCGGCGGUAUGGACGCGCGCUCUGCUGCUCAUCGCUGAUGUGCUGGCGUUAUGGCAAUCGAUUCGUCCGUCGCCGGAGCCUCCGACGCUAGUUCUCGCUUGCUCGGAGUCCUCGCUGUCUUCAUCCGCUUCGUCCUCCGUGGGUCCGGCUCCUGUCUCGCCUCGGCGCGUGCGUCUCGAUUUUCCUCCCCUCCCUGAAACGCAGGAGGCGCCGGCGAAUCUGGAGCUGCGGCUCGGCCCCGUGUUUCAGGCCGCCCUAUGGGAGGUACACCGAGGCGUCGAGGCUUCGCUGCCUGUGGGGCAGUGCUGUCUCUGCGUUCGUGCUGAAGAGGCGACUGCGUCGCGGUUGGUCGCCUGUCCGCGGCGCAAAGAGGAAGAGCGAGGGAAGAUUGAAGAAGGCAACGCCCUGAUGGCCACGCUGUGGGACAUUUUCCAGUGUGGGGUUGACACACUGUCGACUGCACGUGCGCGACUGGAACAACAGAUUUUGUCGCACGUGCAGAUGAUCUGCAAAGGCAGUCUCCUACCUCUUCGAAGCAUUCCGGCGGCGUACCGAAUGACGCAGAAACAAGCGCCACGGAGUGCGUCGCCUUAUGUGGAUCGGGUGCUGCAGCCUCUCCUCCUCUUCCGUGCAUCGGUCGACGCCGUGGUGCCUGGUGACGUAGGGCGGAGUAUCCUCCGACGCGUCGCCGUGACGGUCAGUUCGCUGUGGGCAGAAGAAGUUGAGCAGCUUCUGCAUACAGAAGAACAAAAGGAGAGCGCUCUUCAAAGACUCCAGCGCAGCAGCGCGAGUGCGCACAAGAGCGCAGGGAGUGGCAGCUUGACUGAUUUCCAGAAAAUGAAACUGCAGCUCUUCCUCGAUGGACAGACUCUGGGAGAGACGCUUCUCCAGCGAGUUGCAGAAGAACCGUCUGGCUCUCGUUUGCUGCGCCCGCACUUUGCUCUUCUCGACAAGCUAGGCGAUAGUUCGCAGAAGACUCACGACGCCGUUGUCUCUGAGCAGAGAGGCUGA